AUGGGGCUAAAACCAACAAUACCAGCUUUCUUGGAUCCUGCUUAUAAUAUUUCAGACUUUGCUGUUAGUGUCACUUUUGCUUCUGCUGCAACUGGCUACGAUAAUGCCACUUCUGAAUCUGUGAUACCAUUGUGGAAGCAACUGGAAUUCUACAAGGAUUAUCAGAGGAGAUUGAGAGGAUACCUUGGAGAAAGCAAAGCUAGCCAAACGAUAUCAGAAGCUCUGCACUUGAUCAGCAUAGGAACUAAUGAUUUUGUGGAGAAUCAUUACGCAUUUCCAGGCAGAUCAGCUGAGUACAGUAUCACAGGAUACCAGAAUUUUCUUGCAGGAAUUGCAGAAAAUUUUCUCAGGAAACUUUAUGGUCUAGGAGCUCAGAAAAUUUCCUUUGGAGGGCUACCUCCAAUGGAGUUUAUGCCAAUGGAGGGAACUGCAAAUAUUAUGAGCGGAUACGAUUGUGUUGAAAGUUACAACAAUGUGGCCAUGGAAUUCAAUGGCAAGUUAUACAAUUUGGUGGCUAAGUUUAACAAGGAACUUGCUGAAAUCAAACUCAUCUUCUCCAACCCAUAUUAUAUUUUUUUGCAUAUCAUCAGAAAUCGCUCUUUAUAUGGUAGGUAAUUAAAGUUCUUCUCCU